UGCGAGUUUUGUAAUGUGGGGAAGCUAGUUUGAUGGGUUUCAGGUAGGCGUGUGUUUUUUCUGCGGUCAGGGCAAAAUAAAAGGAGAACCAGUUCUUGGGGAUCUGGUAGUGCUCGUUGAAGGCUUGUUGAAUGAUGGCUAGCCGAGUUGAGGAGGAUCUCCAAUGUCCGGCCUGUUUGGACAUCUUUAAGGAACCCAUCGAGCUGCCGUGUAGUCACAGCAUCUGUCGUACAUGUGUGGAGAAGUGGUGGGAGGAGAAAGGCAGUCGGCCGUGCCCAGUCUGUAGGACGGAGUGCAGCUCGAUGGAGCUCCCUUUGAACUUGGCUCUGAGGAACGUGUCCGAGAACUUUUCAACAAAGUCAGAUGACAUCUGCAGCUUGCACAAGGAGAAACUCAAACUCUUCUGUUUGGACGACCAGGAGCCUGUGUGCCUCAUCUGCAGAGAUUCGGAAAUCCACACCAACCACAAGUUCCGCCCCAUUAAUGAAGUUGUAACAGAUACGAAAAAGAAAUUCCAAGAAGUCCUGCAGGAUGCAAAGAAAAGACUGAAAGAUUCUAAUGAGAUAAGGGACUACUGCAAUGAACAAUCCGUGUACAUCAAGGUCCAGAGGGAGCAGGUGGAAAGCAAGAUUAAGAAGGAUUUCGAGGAGUUUCGGCACUUCCUGCAGGUUGAGGAGGAGGCCAGGUUGUCUGCUGUGAAGGAAGAAGAGAAGAACAAGACUCAGAUGAUGAAGAAGAAAAUUGAGGACAUGGCCGCUCUCUCAGACAUGAUCAGAACCGCAGAGAAGAUGUUAGAGCUGAUGUCUGACGACCUUUCCUCCAUAAAUAACUUCCAGACUUUGAUGACCAGAAUACAGAAGCUGUCCGACAAGCCCGAGCAGCUCCCAAGGGGAUUUCUCCUGGAUGAAGUCAAACACGUGGGCAACCUCAAGUACUACGUGUGGGAAAACAUGAUGGCAAUUGUCCCCUACAGUCCCAUCAUUCUGGAUCCCAACACAGCCCAUCGAGACCUCAGUCCGUCUGAAGACCUGACCAGUGUGAGAUUUGGAAUAGACCAGCGGCGCCUAAAGAAUCCUGGACAGUUCAAGUGGAAGGGUGUGCUCGGUUCUGCUUUGGCUACGGGAAAACACGUGUGGGAUGUUGAGGUGGGAAACCACACAAACUGGACAGUGGGGUUACUGUUGGGGGAUCCUUGCGUUCGGGACCCGGGUACCAUGAGACCAAACUACGCAAAAUACGAGUUGCAGCGCACACCAGUAACGGAUCGGUUAUAUUCUACAACGGUGAUACCAACUCCCGUUUGA